AAGAAAUCAACAUCAACAUCAUCUACAAUACACAUAGAGAAAUUACCCCAAAAAAUAAUAAUAACCGUUGGCAAUAACAAUAAAACAAACCGAUUCUCCUAAGCAGCAAAUUCCACUUGACGUGUGAACCAAUGAACGGUAUAAUAACAAUCGUUUUAAUUUGCUGCACACAAACAGUGAAUUGGUUACCGCCGUGCAAAUCAUUUCAUUUUCAAGGUCAUUAAAUUGUAAAAAUUUGACAAAAGGCACUUACCAAAUAACAUCUGCUGUUUAAGUCGAAGGUGGUGCCCGAGUGGCAUAAGUAAACUGUGUACACGAAGAAAUCUGCUUCCAUGAUCGGCAAAUAGUUGCUACUAAAAUAUUAGUCAAAAGCAACAUCUGUUCUCAAAACAUCUUUACUGUGUCUACUAUUUCGUUACAAUCCGCAAAUCAUCUUCCAAGUGGGCGAGACUUUAGCGUAAUGUAGACAUAAGCUGAGCAAGUGAAUUAGCAGUUAUCAUAAAAAUUAACGCAACGAAAUCGUAAAACUUGUACAGUGUUGAGCAGCGACAGAGCGGUUAAUAGCUUGUAUUAAAGGGCGCAAUUGGCGCCGGAGCGGAGUAUUAGUUCGACCUGCAGUGUGGUGUUUGUAGUGGUAACGGUGCGGUUUAUUCAUAGAAAAUAUAAUAUAUAAGCCAUAAAAGAUAGAUAUCAGAUUACCUAACUAUCACAUAGAUUAUUAUAUACGAGAACGGAUAAUGUUGUAAAAACCGGUAUUCAAAAAUUAAGUAUAAAUUGAAAAGUGCAAUAAUACGACAAAUCUUUUUAAAAGUACUCUACUUAUUAUACGAAUUACAAUUUGGAGUGAUAUCAGGAGAAAAGGGAUUACUAAAUUGUGCCAAUACAAAACAUAAAAUGGUUCCAGAACAUGUAAACAACUACUGGUACAAAAUUAUUUAAAUAAUUCUAAAUUUAUUUAGAAUAAAGUCCAAAGUGAAAACCUAAUGCCAAAUUCUAUUCUUAAAUCGUUUUUCUCCACUCAUGCAUAUAACAAUAUAAAGUUUGUAUUGAUGUAAUCUUCUCACCCACAAUUCUAGUCGUUGAUUAUAAGCAAUAUUUACACAUUACAGUUAUUUAUUAUUACAUUUAUAAAAUACUAAGAAGAUAAAGAAAAUGGAUUUUAAUCUAAAAAAGUAUCGGUACUCUACUAUCAAUUAAAUAAGAUGAUGAAAUAACUGAAAAUUGUACGAGAUUGCCAAUGUAAAGCGACUUUCAGGAUAUACUGCGAAAUGAUAAGCAUAUUGGCGUGUUGCGCGCAACUGUAGCAGUUUAAGAAACGCUGUGAUCUCUUAUACUUUGGUAAUUCCUAAACCUACAUAUGUACACUGUGUUGAAAGUUUUCAAUAAUAUAAUUAAAUAUUAUAAAUAAUAUAAGUGUGUUUGAUGAAAGAAAACUAAAUAAUUUCGAUACAAACCAAAGGAGAAGUAAUCAAAAUAUAGGAGUCUAUGUAGGACGAAGCAUAUGUAGUCUAUGAUAUUCAAAGAAUAAUUUCGUAGACAUUUGGAUCAUUGGACCAGGAAAAUAAAUUCAAGCCCCUAAUAAAGCUCGCAGAGUUUCACUCCAAAACGAAUCAAAAUUGUACGAGUAGAAAUUAAGACGACUUUAUCAAAAAUUCUACGACUUAUUUUUGGACCUUAAUUUACUAAACAUUGUUGGGUGACAUUAGGAUAAGCUCUACAAUUAGAAAAGUCAAGGCGAUAUUCAACUUGAAAAGCAGAAACGCAAAUCAUUUUUAUACCUCAAACACUUUAAGCUAAGAACGAAUUGUAUACUGUAUUUAUAUAGGUGUUCAGAUUUAAGUUAAAAUCUACAUUAGUGUAUAUAUACAAGUAUCCGUAUAAGUUGUAUAGCUGAAAACCAAGUAGCUUCAAGCACCUGUACAGCAACACGAAUCCCCCAAAAGCACUCGCCCCUUCCAGCAACCGGAUCCUCAUAGCUUCAUCAACAACAGUAAACGACGCCCCAGAGGAACUUCACAUUCUGCAAUCCGCUACCCUCAGUCACGAUUAACACCGCCACCACGUUUACCACAGACACAAUAGAAUCCUUCAAUAUGACGAUGAGUACAAAUAAUUGCGAAAGUAUGGCGUCAUACUUUUCCAACUCCUAUAUGGGACCCGAAAUGCACCAUGGCCACUAUCCUGGAAAUGGUGUCACCGAUCUCGAUGCGCAACAAAUGCAUCACUAUAGUCAGCAUCCAAAUAAUCAGGGCAAUAUGCCCUAUCCACGCUUCCCGCCCUACGAUCGUAUGCCCUAUUAUAACGGUCAGAGUAUGGAGCACCAAGGCUACUCUCGUCCCGACAGUCCUUCCAGUCAGGUGGGUUUGUCACAGCAGCCGCAAGUAAAUGGUAGCCCACUGCUUCAGCAACAGCCACAACCCCAGCAACAAGUUACGCAACAACAGGCGCAACAAGUUACGCAGCAAGCACAGGCGACACCUCAGCAUCAGCAGCAUCCGCAAGUGACGCAACAGGUGACACAUCCAGCCCAACAACAACAGCAACCCGUAGUAUAUGCCAGUUGUAAGCUGCAAGCAGCGGUGGGCGGAUUAGGCAUGGUGCACGAAGGCGGCUCACCGCCCCUAGUCGAUCAAAUGGGCGCCCAUCACAUGAAUGCACAGAUGAGUUUGCCACACCACAUUGGACACCCACAAGCACAGUUGGGUUACAACGAUGUCGGAGUUCCAGAUGUUAAUGAGGUUCAUCAAAACCACCAUCAGAUGAGUAUGUAUGGCCAACAACAGACUGGCAUUCCACCCGUUGGCGGACCACCACAAACCAUGAUGCAUCAAGCUCAGGGACCACCACAAAUGCAUCAGGGCCAUCCUGGACAACAUACACCACCAUCACAAAAUCCAAAUUCGCAGUCAUCAGGGAUGCCAUCGCCAUUGUAUCCCUGGAUGCGCAGUCAAUUUGAACGGAAACGUGGUCGCCAAACUUAUACCCGUUACCAAACGUUAGAGCUGGAAAAAGAAUUUCAUUUUAAUCGUUACCUGACAAGGCGGCGACGAAUCGAGAUCGCUCAUGCGUUGUGUCUCACAGAGAGACAAAUAAAGAUCUGGUUCCAGAACCGACGAAUGAAAUGGAAAAAGGAGAAUAAAACAAAAGGGGAACCAGGAUCCGGAGGAGAAGGUGAUGAGAUCACACCACCCAACAGUCCGCAAUAAGACGCUGAUAACAAUGGACAAGAGUCGCGCUUAAUCCGUUACCACUGUGAGAUAUGGCAACACGCACAAAUUACUUAGCGUACUUUGUCUGUCCUUCAUAUUGCUAAGGGAUAUAUGUAUAUUCAAAAAGAACAAUUCAUGUACACUUAGUGUUAGUAAUUUAAAUAAAGCACAUUGUCCGGAGCUAACGAGAGAAAUCUAAUAUUAUUCGUUUGAUAUGUCGGACAAUUGGAUUACUAACUGCUACAACUUUGUAGUCAAAUGUUAAAAAAUUUUUCAUUUUCACACACAACUCACCCAAUAGUGAAACAUGUGGAAUCGAUUAUCGAAAAUUUGAUAUAAAUUGGAAUUAAAAUAGAAAAGCAUAUAAUAUACUAAAAUAAUGCUAUAUAUUAUUUAUGCAAAGCCGUAAACCUACUUAGUUAAUUCUUAAAGGACAUUUGUUAUUAUUUACUUAAACUUGUAUUAUGAUCAUUUGCAAUGUAUACAUUAACAUAGCAUAGUUCGUAGCCGACAUGCAAAAAGAGCGUAAGGUGUUAUUAGGUGGAGCAAUAAUUGCAUAAAUUAAUUAGCUAAAUGGGUAAAAUAUUUAGCAAUGAAGUAAUGUAUCUAAAUAAAUAAACUCAACAAAACCAACUCAUGUGACCUCAACUUUAAAUAAGUUAUUGAUUAAAAAUAAAGUAUAUACAAUUAAAAGUAAUAAUGAAACAAAUUAAUAAAAUGUAAAUGUAACCAGUAAACUAAAAAAUGGGGAAAGCUAAUAAAAUUCCAAAAUAUAAGAAAAAUAAAAACUAAACUUAACAUAUGGAAUACUCUUAUGUAAAGCAUAAAAACGUACUUUUUAGACAUUUUCAGCUGUAAUUAGAAUAAAAUAUUAACUCAUACAUGUAUACGUAAAUUAGAUGGUCUGAAAAAAAAAAUACAAGAAUCGGGGAAGAAAAUACAAAGUUGCAAUUUAGAUCUCCUCAAAGAGGUUCAAUUUGUUGCAUAGUAUCAAUCAACGACAGGCAAACCAGAAUUCCAUAUUACUUUCUAAUUUGAAAAUUCCACUAUAAAAAUUAUCUUUUGAAAUGAUGUUAUUUUAUAAAAGUGCAAUAUUCUGUCAAUUUGAAAUGAAUUUGAGCAGUCGUAUUAGCAGCUCUACUUUUUUUGUUAUCACUACCAGUUUUAGCCGGAGCUAUUUCAAUACUUUUAACACAACGAAACUUGUGGAAGAGACCCGAUUUUUUAUCAACACCUAUUCUGAUUUUUUUAACGCCCUCAAGUUUAUAUUUUAAUAUUUCCUGGAUUUGAUAUAAUUUCCAGGUAAAAAGGAAGCUUUCAAAUCUCUUAGAAUAAUUUAUGCUAUAAUAGCAUUUAUACUAUACGUUUUAUAACAGUUAUACUUCUUUAGCGAACCAAGUUUUCUCAAUUUUUAUCAGUUGCAUUUAAAUGUUCUAAGAAAGAAGCAUGUUUGGCAAUAUUUUCAGCAAACAAAUAAUUCACCUUACACAAAAGUGAAUGCUCAAUAGUCUAGAUUAAAAGCUUAUUACUUCCCUACUUUAGGAACGCGAUUUCUUAAAGAAAAAUAUUUGGGCUUUCUAUAGCUUCAAGAAUAAUGUAAAUAAGUGUGUAUAAAGUAUUGCCUGUAAUGUCAACUUCUCCUGGCUAACUCCCUUGACCAUACUUCAACGGAAUACCUGGUUUGUAACUUGAAACUCACCCCAAGUGAAAUGUAUAUCUACGUACACAAAUUUGUGUAAUUAAUAACAUAUAGUACAUAUGUAUAUUUCAAUAUAUAUGAAUGUUUAAGAUAAUAAGAAUCGAUACCAAAUUAAUGUUGAAAUAAACUUUAUUAACAAAUAUCUUAAUAAUUUCGAGGGUGCAAAUUUUGUUUAUUAUUUAACCAACAAAAAAGGAAUCAAUAAAAGAAGUUUUAUAACUGACUUUAAAAGAAUUAUUAAAUUGGCCACAAAUAGUGAUUUUAAUGAUUUGUGAAGUUUUCAAUUUGAUAAAAGUUCGUAAGUUCCGAUUAAACCACUUCACCUAUAUCAGACUAAAACUAAAAAUUAAAGAGGAUAAUAAAGAAACUCAGAACUUUCAACGUUUGUAUUAUUGGAAAUAUUUUUAGCUUGACUUAAGAGAGGAUAUUAUGUAUACCGAAAUCGAUUAAAAAAUUUCCCAUUCACUGAAUUACAUAAAGCAUUGAUACUUUGGAUUUAUCGAAAAAGUCACUAAUAAUGGUGUUGAGAAUAUAAAAAUACUUAUAUUUGCAUAUUUUCAAAACAAAAAAAAAAUAUUUGUAAAUUAAAAUUAAACAAAAAAUAAACCCACGAUGGUUAAAAAUAAAAUAUGAUGUGAGUUAGUAAAUUUGUUAGCUAUAACGGAAUACCAAUAUUGACCCUGACCGACAGAAACACAUAAAAACAUAAGCAUAUUUAUAUAAUUAUAAGUACUUAUAGAUGAGAAAAUUAUCCACAAAUUAUUUCAUCAUACCUAAAUAAACCAAAGCCAAAGUCAGCAAAGAAUCGGAAGUAGACAUUUAGUGUAUAAAUAUUAGAAGUUGUAUACAUACAUAUAUACAAACUUUCGACUUUAGUUAUUCGUUAUGCAGCUCCGUGUCCGUAUGUAUGUAUGUGUUGUAAAAUGCUGCAAGUUAGUACGAGUAAAUGAUUCACGAAUCAAUAGAUGGAAGCACUACUACGGGUUCGCUAAAAAUAUAUUUGACGAAUCAUCUUCGAAUUAACAAAAGCAUCUGAAUUCAUAUACCCAUAGCUGAAACUUUUAGCUAGAAUCGGAGAUAUCUGUUCAAAUAAAAUGAAUUCAUUGUGAUCCCAUAAGUAGUAAUUUUGUAUGGAUUACAUUCGUAUUUACGUAAACUUAUUUUUGUUGGUUAACCAGAUAUAACCAGUUAUCAGAAUAAAGUUUAUAAUAUUGCUGCAUACUUAUGUUCUUUAACUUUUGGUUCACGAACAAUUUAUGUGAAUUGUUAAAAAAAUGCAUUCAAAAUUACACAUGGGCAUAAAAAAUAAAUAUAUUCAGAAAUACGUAAAACUUGCGCCUAUCUGCGAAGACAGAGAUUAUAUUAAACAAAUAAUAUCGGUAUAAAAAUAUUGCAAUAUAUUAUGCAAGAAAAUGAGAGCAAAAUUUAUUUGUAAUACCAUGUCUGUGUUUACAAAGCUAAAUGUGAAAUAAAAUAUACUAGGUGUAGUAAGAAGUGGACAUUAGAAAAUAGCUGAAAAAUAUAUAAAGUGGACCAGUCAUUAAUUAUUUGUUGUAAAUACAUAAAAGAAUAUUACUUUUAUUCUAAAGGGAAGAAAUGAAAGAGCAAAGAUGCACAUUAAAAUAUUAUAUUAU